UUAGUUCAUCGCGAUCUUUGGGUAUAUGUUCGUCUACUUUCGCUAAUUAGUGUUUAUACUCGACGAAAAUGGAACAAAUGUCCUAGUUGUAAUUGCGGUGAGAAGGGACGUGGUACAAUUCGAAUAUCCGCAAGCGUAUUUAAACACGAUAAUAUGAAGGUAGAAUGACCAGCCAAUAUUCAGGGUCAUCGUGGUCACGUAUUGCUUGAAAAAAAAAGGGGUAUCGGGAACGGCGUCGGACUUGUGACCAAGCUAGGCCUCCUCGGGGGAGGUCUUAGGAGAACGAGAUGAUCGAUCCCAGUUCGUCCGAAGAGAGUGACGAGGAGAAGAAAGAUCCUAAGGAUGUCGGUGGUACCGGCGGUAGCGGGGGUGGUGCCGGUGGCGGCGGAGGUGCUCGAGGCGGGAGCGGUAGCUCGUACGGUUCUCGGCGACAAACCGGACCGGCCGGAAGUCUCGGGGCCGCCAGCGGCCCCGCUAGCGGAAGCCUGAGCUCUCUGGCCUCGGGCAUGACUGCGUCUCCUGGAGGGUCAAGCCACGGUCCUAUCGGGACGCCUCGCUGUGCCGGUCAGGAUGGCUCUUCUGCUCGAGACGCAUCGAAUCUCGCCGCAGCAAGGAAUUCGUUGUCGCCGUCGAUGUCUGCUACGCAGGAUGCGGCCAGUUACUCUCAGAGGCCCACCAGUCCCUCACCUUCGGUCGCGAGCGAGAAAACCGAGACAGACCUACAGGACAAACAAGAACGCGAGGAAGAAGAGAGAAAGACCAGGAUUCAGCUGUACGUGUUUGUAUCGAGAUGCAUCUCUUAUCCGUUCAAUGCCAAACAACCAUUGGAUAUGACCAGGCGACAACUGAAAGUGACCAAACAACAACUCGAGACAAUAUGCUCUCGCUUUCAGAGUUUCUUGAAGGGUGAGACACAGAUCAUGGCAGACGAAGCGUUCCGCUACGCCAUACAGAAUUAUUACGACGUAUUCUUAACGUCGGACAGAGUAAUUCAAAUGGUGCAGAGUGGCGCUUGUUCGCAGCUCGACUUUCGCGAAGUCUUCAAGAAGAACAUCGAGAUACGUGUUCGACGGCUUCCAGAAAUGAAUGGCUUGAGCAAAGAGACUGUGCUUACAUCCUGGCUGGCCAAAUUCGAUUGUAUCAUGAAAGGUACGGGUGACGAGGAGACCAAGAGGCCCUCCAGGAUGCAACAGCAGUCUUUGAUCUCAGAGAUGAUAUUGUCGAAGGAACAGCUGUACGACAUGUUCCAACAAAUCCUCGGCAUAAAAAAGUUCGAGCAUCAGCUUCUGUUCAGCGCCCUCCUGUUGGACUCGGCCGACGAGCAGGCUGCUGCCAUCAGGAGGGAGCUGGACGGUCGUCUCCAAAAGGUCAACGAAAUGGAGAAGAAUCGGAAACUCAUGCCAAAAUUCCUCGUUAAAGAGAUGGAGUCGCUUUACAUCGAGGAGCAGAAAUCGUCCAUUAAUCUGCUAAUGGCUAAUCUGGAAUCGUUACCAGUCUCGAAGGGUUCGAUAGAUAGUAAAUAUGGCUUGCCGAAACUGAAGCGUUACAAUCACCGGCGUGAUCGUUCCCGCUGUCGCGGUCAGGGUUCCCUCUCCAAAUUGGAAGGUGACUCUGCCGACUCUGAACUCCAGCUGACCAAAAUGGAUGUCGGCUUAACCUUUCAGUUGGCCGUAGUCGUGAUCGAGGUUAGAGGGCUGAAAAGUCUCCCACCGAAUAAAAUUGUUUUCUGCACGAUGGAAGUAGAAGGCAAGAAAUUGCAAACGGAUCACGCAGAGGCAUCGAAACCUAUGUGGGACACUCAGGGCGACUUUACGACCAUGCACCCCCUACCAGUUGUCAAGGUUCGACUUUAUACUGAAAACUCGGCAAUGUUGGCUCUCGAGGAUAAGGAAUUGGGCAAAGUUAUUAUACGACCGACGCCGCUCGCUUGCAAGCAGCCGGAAUGGUAUCGGUUGGUUGUUCCGAAGAACAGUCCCGAUCGAGAUCUUCGUAUAAAGAUUGGUUGUCGGAUGGACAAGCCUUUCAACAUGAAACAUUGCGGUUACCUUUACGCUAUAGGGAAAUCUGUGUGGAAAAAGUGGAAGAAACGUUACCACGUGUUGGUCCAGGUCUCACAGUACACGUUUGCUAUGUGCUCGUACAAAGAAAAAAGGAGCGAGCCAUCGGAAAUGAUGCAACUCGAUGGUUACACGGUCGACUACAUCGAACCCGUCUCUGCCAAUAUGAUGGUGGGCGAGAACUUGGACGGCGGAAGGUACUAUUUCAAUGCAGUUCGCGAAGGAGACAACAUAGUGUUCGCCUCGGAAGACGAAAACGAGUGUCAGACAUGGGUGAUGGUUAUGUACAGAGCGACUGGUCAAUCUCACAAACCUACGCCUCCGGUUUCCGUCGCGGAUAAAAAUUCUACCGUCAGCAAGAUACAGGGUGACGCCGAUAGAGCAAAAAAACAUGGAAUGGAGGAUUACAUUAGCGCGGAUCCUUGCAAAUUCGAUCACCAUGCUCUUUUUAAAUUUCUCCAAAAUCUGAUUUUGGAUUAUCGAUUGAACGACCCGUAUUGCUCACUCGGCUGGUUCUCUCCCGGUCAGCUGUUCGUUUUGGACGAGUAUUGCGCCAGGUACGGCGUACGAGGAUGCUUUCGUCAUUUGUGUUAUUUAAACGAUCUGCUGGACAGAAUCGAUCGAUGUCUCAUGAUAGACCCGACCCUAGUGCACUUUAGCUUUGCCUUUUGCGCUACUCAUGUCUAUGGGAAUAGAACCGACAGCGUUGGAUCCAUCACCCACGAAGAGAAGGAUAAAUUUCAAGAAAUCAAAGAGAGACUGAGACAAAUCCUUGAAAAGCAAAUCACUAAUUUCAGAUACAGCUUUCCGUUCGGACGACCGGAGGGCGCGUUAAAGGCUACUUUGUCGCUUUUGGAGCGAGUAAUGAUGAAAGAUGGAGUCAGUCCCGUGGCUCCGGAAGAAGUGAAAGACUUGAUCAAGACAUGUCUGGAAACGGCAGCUCUCCUUAAUUACACAAAACUCUCCGCGGAAGCAAAGAUCGAAGACGACUUGAGCGGCGACGUGUGCGUUCCUCCUAGCAAGAAGCUCGAAGAUCUCAUACACCUCUCCGAAAUGUGUGUGGAUCUACUUCAGCAAAACGGAGAGCAUUACUCGGAGGCAUUCGCCUGGUUUAGCGACCUCAUGGUGGAGCACGCCGAGAUCUUCUGGUCUUUGUUCGCUGUCGACAUGGACAAAGUGCUUGCCGAACAACCACCGGACACGUGGGACAGUUUUCCACUGUUUAAAAUUUUAAACGAUUACUUGAGGGAAGACGAUAAUUUAAAGAACGGUAGAUUUCACCAACAUCUUCGCGAUACUUUUGCUCCGUUGGUUGUACGUUACGUGGACUUGAUGGAAACGUCGAUCGCUCAGUCGAUUCAAAAAGGAUUUGAAAAGGAACGCUGGGAAAUAAAAGGGAAUGGGUGCGCUACCUCGGAGGAGCUGUUUUGGAAAUUGGAUGCUCUACAAUCGUUUAUUCGUGAUCUCCACUGGCCGGAUCAAGAGUUUCGUCAACAUUUGGAACAGAGGCUGACGUUGAUGGCUUGUGACAUGAUCGAAUCUUGCAUUCAACGCACAGACACGGCUUUUCAGCAAUGGUUGAAGAAAGGCGUAACCUUCACCUCCACGGAUUACAUUAUUCCAUCGGAAAUGUGUGCGAUGGUUAAUGUUAUUUUGGAUGCAAAAAAGCAAAACUUUUAUCUUUGCACCAUCGAUGGUGUCGAUGUGCACAACUAUCACGCGAAAAUCGACGAUUUGAUCGAAAAGAUCUCGGCGGCCAUGACUCAAGGAAUGAUCAAUAAACUCGUUACGGUAUUAGAAACAACACUAUCCAAACUGUCCCGUUACGACGAGGGAUCUUUUAUAGGUUCCAUUCUUAGCUUCACGAAGGUGUCGGGAAGCGGAAAAGAAAUGGGACAAGCCUACGUAAGUUUUACGAGGAACUGUAUGGAUCAAGUUCGGGGCAAAGUUUUGGACGAUUUAUGGAUUCUGACGUGUUUCGAACAAUGGUACGCUUCACAAAUUCAAAUGCUCUGCAACUGGCUAAUGGAGAGACCCGAAUGCAGCUUGCAUUUAUAUCAGUGUACCUGCCUCGCCCAUAUCGUUAAAAAAAUUUACUCCGAUUUCGAGCUGCAAGGUGUCACGGAGGAGAAACUUAAUUCGGAGCCAUAUCAGGUUAUAGCUAAGAGAAUGCAGACGGAAGAAGCGACUUGUGCCUUAACCAUGAGCGCUCAGAACGAAGAGGGGCUUUCAGAGAAUGGUAACGAUGAGGAGGACCGACCGAAGACAAAAGUAACGGUCGUCGAAAAUGUCGCCGGUGAAGAUGCAAAUUAUGUGGCUAAUAUCAGCAACGUUACAUCGAAUGUUGUUGGAAAGGUUGGAAGUAUGUUCGGCAAGGGCAUCGGUGGUCUUUCUACAAAAUUCAGUGGAGGCAGUUGGUUCUAAUUACUAUCCGAUCAUUGGAUGCGCCCCUUGGCGAUUAACGGCCCAAAAGAAAACUUCGAAAGGAAUUAUUCGAGGCCUUCAACAAUAUUAACUUUAUAAUUUCAUCGCAAAGCAGCGUCAACGUUUUUCGACGUUAAACUUUAAACGAGGGCAUCUUUUG